CCCCGUCGAAACUUCACUCGGCUCACUCGGCUGAGAGCUCCAGGCUGACCUCUCAGUCCUCCAGGUCGUCUCAGCGCCCCCCCAAGUCCUCAGCGAGGCCUAUCAAGAUGUUGGUCGCCAACGGAGGAAGGGGUGGAAAUUCUUCCCUGGUAGCCAGUGAGCCCAUACCUGAAGAGCAGGACGAGGAGGACAAGAAGCCCGAGCUGCACCGCAGAGGAAAAGAUCAUUCAGAAGGAGCCGAGCUUGACGAAGUGAACAAAUCUCGUCAUGUUGGUACCACAGAAGCCGUGCACGGCAAGAAGGAAGAAGUAGAGACGUCGGGGAGACGAGAUCAGAAGCAGCAAGUUGCGAGGGAGACUCUUCCUCCUCUUCCCCUCUUGCAGGAGAAAGUGCAGAGCCUCGACCUCGAAGACGCGACCAACCUCACGCCGGGAGCGAAACGUCGCAUCGAACGAUGGCUGCAGGACGAUGACGAUCAUCCGCGAGUAGCGGAGCAUGAGGAUGAAUCAAGCUACAGACCUUCUCCUUCCUCCUCUCCCAUGCUCUCUCUUCGAUCGUCAAUGCGUCCAUCAACAGGUUCUACGCAUCGAUCCGUCGCAGCCUUGGCGGCCUCAGCUCAGAUGCGCUACAAGAUUUAACGGCAGACUGACAAAGUCUGACUAGCUCGUUUCUUACAAACAUUAAAGAAAGACAAAAA